GCACUCAAUGUACAUCUCUACAUCACAACCAAAGCUUCAUUCUUACUAGAUCUUGGAGAGAUCCCAUUUUGCCAUCAUGAAAGGAGCGAUCACUUUCAAAGGACCAACCGUGAAGGUUAUCGAUGCACCAAUUCCACGACCCCAGGCCGGUCAGGUUACUAUCAAGGUUGCAUACAGUGGGUGCAACCCGAAGGAUUGGAAACUUGCCGAGGGGAUGGAAAGUACUACAACCGAGAUCAAUCAAGGAGAUGAUAUUGCUGGUACCAUCCAUGAGGUCGGCGAAGGUGUCACUGAUUUCAAAGCCGGCGAUCGAGUCAUUGCUUUCCACCAAAUGAUGACGACCGGAGGCUCUUAUGCCGAGUAUGCCAUUGCGUGGGCUCACACCACUGCACGUAUUUCCGAGAAGGUUAGCUUCCAGGAAGGCGCUGCUGUUCCUCUACCAGCUCUUACCUCGGUCGUGGGCCUGUAUGCGCGACUGAACUUACCCCAGCCAUGGCUGCCUCGACAAAAUACCGAAAAACCUAUGCCGCUCCUGAUCUAUGGCGCCUCCAGUACUGUCGGAUACUAUGCUCUGCAGCUCGCCAUUCGAUCCAAUGUUCACCCGAUCAUCUGCAUCGCCGGCCGUUCCUCAUCACACGUCGAGAAGCUUCUUGACCGCAGCAAGGGCGACACUGUCAUCGACUACCGCGGCGAUGCAGUCGACAAGGACAUUGAAACCGCACUCGGAGACAACAAGCUGUGCCAUGCAUAUGAUUGCAUUGCCAACGAGACGUCCUACAACACCAUUGGCAAAGUGAUGCCGCCCGGUGGCCAUAUCGCGCUCGUCAUGCAAGAUAUGAAUGGGUUCAAGAAUAUUCCGGCUCAUGUCGAGCAUAGCACUGUCAUGGUUGGGGAUGUCCAUGACCAGCUGAAGGAUCUUGGGUGUGUUAGUCUUCGGUACAUUGCCAAAGGACUGGAAGAUGGAUGGUUCCGGGCUCAGCCACAAGUGGUGGUUCGUGAUGGGUUGAACGGUGUCCAACAGGCGUUAGUCGACUUGAAGGAAGGGAAGGCCAGUGCGGUGAGGUAUGUCGUCAACAUCGCCGACACACCUGGCUUGUAAAGGUACUCUGCCUCUGCUUUUAGCCCUGUAAAAGCAGUUCUCAUGAUGAUGUCCCCAUGUCGUGGAAGAUUGGAAGUGAAUCGAUCUUUUGAGUGCCGCGACGUGUUUAUCUUAGCCUCGGAUCUAAGCGGCGUUAACCCUAAAGCGCCGUGAACAUGUGCGAGUUGACACCUUUUCCAAAUACUCACCGUACGACAUAGUUUUCUCAACCUUUGUCCAGGGGCAGGUCACGUCAAUGGAUUCGAGCAACUGAGCCUGGAAUCACCAUCAAUAUGACUGGACAACUCAGCAACACCGAGGCGUGGUCAUUACUGGCCUGCUCUGCAGCAAGCCUUGGCGUACUUUCUAACACCUGGAGCAGCGAUGGAGCCCCUGUAUUUGCAUCGCUUGCAUUGAGUGGUCUGGCUUUUUCUUCGUCGUAUGCGAUCAUAAGAUGGACUGGAGAUGCUUUCAUCCGAGCGGGGCGGAAAGGGAAGGACAUGUCGAAGAAGCAGCCAA